AAGCAAGAUUCAUAACCUCAAAUCUUGAUUACAUAUAAAUUGUCCCUUCUGUAAUCUCAAUCUUGAUUACAUACAACUUGUCCUUCUGUACAAAUGACGCAUUUCCAAAAGCUUCCAGCCCUCACUGCAGUGCUUUUCCUCUUAUUAGCCAUGCAGAUCAUGCUACCCCAGGAAACUGCUGCUUGCAGAGUCCUAAACAACGAUGAUCAAGCUCAAUGGGGGCUCAAGAAUGAUAUUCUCCUACCUUUGCAGUCUCUGCAAAGGGGACCAGUUCGCGGUCCCGGACAAAACGGGUGUACCUACAUCCCUGGCAGUGGUGGCGCUCCUUGCACCGAGGAAAAGAACUUUGCAGGGUCUGCUGCUGUUGUGGCUCCUUCCCAUGCACGGUCUGGACUAAUGGAUCCAGGUGGUGCAGCUGCUAAGUACUAGGCAAAGCGUUUGUGCAGCCUGGGAUUAACAUAAGUUCCACAACACAAUACACAAUACAUAAUAUUCUUUAAAAUGUUUAGUUCAUUAAUUGAUUGAAGAAAUAAAGGAAAAUUAGUGCCCAACUCAAUUGUAGAGAAAUAAAGGGAUAUCAGUGCC